AUGGCGGAAAUCUCAGAAGCUCCGUCAACUUCGAAUUUGGAUACGGGCUUCGACCCGGAAACCAUGCGAAAAUCCAUGCCAGGAUUGAAACGCCUCAGCUUAGCCCUCACUGUUCUCUUCUCUUUUCUCUUAGGUCUUCCGUUCUUGUUAAAAUCAAUAGCGAUUUACAGAUCGCCACUCCCAUUUCGCGAAAUUGAUGAUUUAUCCACCGCCAUUGAAUCGAGUCCAAUUCUCUUUCCUUGCCAUUUCAGAGCGGUAUUUGUCGAUUUUGACCCGAAUUCAUAUACGGCUGAUCAAUUGUCGAUUUCGGUUCAAGCCCACAUGGCAAAAUUGGCUGCAAAAAAUUCCCCAACUUGUGUAACUUGUGCUAGUAAUUUCACGGUCUAUGUAACCCUAGACUCUAACUCCAACUGCAUUAGUAAUUGGAAUAAUGUGGAUUGGAAUUGUGGGGCAUUGAAUGAAUUCAGAUUUGCUGAUAAACGUGAUGAUGGGCUAUUAGACGAGUAUUUGGAGUCUGUUUUUGAUGAUAAUAGAAAUGGGAAGGUUUAUACGGUGGUAGUGGUGAAGACGGAAGAGGAGGAAGUGAGGGCAGUGGUGGGGAAGUAUCGCCAUGCGUGGAUUAUGGAGGAAGGAUUGAUUCCUGGGGAGUUUAAGCCGGUAGGGGCGGAUGGGAGAAUUGUGCUUUCGUUCAAUUUGUUGAAUGCUGAUCCGCGUAAUUGGAUAUAUGAUUGGGAUUUCCAAGAGAUAGAUGAAAAUCUCUUGGCUCCUAUUAUUGAGGCACUGAAACCUCUGGCAGAUGUUAGCGUGGAGAGUCAGGUUUUAUAUCACACUCCAAAGUCCUCACUUUCUUUUUGGGACGCGAAGCUGGACAGCUAUAUUUUCAGUACCAAAGACCUUCCUUUCUUUGCGAAUUCAAAUGAGUGGCAUUUGGAUACUUCAGUUGCAGCAGGCGGGAGAUCAAAAAUUUUGCAGUUUGUGGUAUAUGUACCAUCUGCAAAAGAGUGCCCUCUUCGGUUGCAGCUUCCAAAUGGAGAGAUUUCCACAACAAAUGGCUUUAUAUCUCCUAUGUGGGGUGGAAUUGUUGUUUGGAACCCUUCAGCCUGUUUGACGGAUUCAAAAAUUAAGCAUCCUCUGAGACAUAAGAUUUCUCCUGAGGAGUCAAGGAAAGUUUUUGAAGUUUUCAUGGGGCAGUUGCGACAACUCUUUGGUUUGAAAUCUGAUGGUCUCUUUGUUGGUGCAUCAGGCACAUCUGCACUUUUAGCUAGUGAAAGAGGGUUUUCAGAAUGGGAAUUGGAUGUGUUGUCACGGCAGCACUCAUGUUUUAAUCUUCUUCAAUGUGGCACAACUCUAGGAUCACUUUCUCGAUUGGUUCAAUCACUUCCAAGAAUGAUCAUUAUGGACGAUAUAGGAAAGCAGGGGAAGUAUUCUCUUGAAGCUGCAAAAUUGACUUUAAGUAACGCAUCGCUCGGAAUUUAUGAUGCUUCUGCUGAGUCCUCGAGACAAGCAAGAUUAUUGGCAGAAGAUGCAUUUUAUCACCCAUCUAUGAUGUCUGUCGGCUAUUUCUCAUUUGAGCACUGUUUUGCCGUCUAUUCGCCCUUCUUUCUGCCAGUGUCGCUGCAUGUGCUUCUUGCGGUCCUUAGAGAAUGGAAAAGACACAAGCAAGAAAGCAAAAAAUAUAAAGCAUGGAAAGCCAAUGUAGCAUCUUUUAGCUAUUGA